AUGGUCUUUGGUGGAUCCGACCUCAUCGCCGCGCUUGGAGGUUGCGACACGGGCUGCAUCGACCAGCUCGUGCCGCACGUGGCCGGCCCCGUGCCCGCGAGUCUGGACUUGAGCCUUGUCCUCCCACAAUCCCACAAUACCUCCCGCCUGCUCGCACUUGCGCCCAACACCAGCAUUGUUCUCGGGCCCGAGCAGCUCAUGCUGGUCUUGCAACACGGCCUCACCGUUCGUCUUGCCGCCGAUGCCGCCGUCACACUUCCUGGUUUCUCCCUGAUGGCCGUGCGCUGCGCGCCCGGUGCCAGCGGCUUUGAGCAAGUCCUGCCCAAUUCGCCCGACACGUGGUCACGCGAUGGAACGGCCGUGACCAUUGCCGAUGGCAACAAUGCAUCGUAUGGCGGCACGGCUGCCCCCUUGGUGGUCGUUGCGCUUGAAGGCUCUGGAACCGUUGGCAUUCCAUUGACCGUUUCCACGACGCCCUCGAACGUUGUCAGCCUUCUCAAUGUGCGGGCUACCUUCGGUCUUACCGCCGCCACCAUGCCCCCAGCCAGCGUGGCCAUGACCUUGGUCGUGGCCGGUGCUCGUUACCUUCUCGACUUUGCCGUCUUUGCUGAAACUACACCUGCACAAACUCUUUGUCUUGCCGGACCCCGGCUGCUCACGGCAUCCGAGGACAUUGGCACAGCCCACCUUGAAAUAGCCCUUGCCGCAAAUAGCCGCCUCAAUGCCACCAUUCAUCUCUUGGAUCUCCAGGUGGAUGCGGUCGCGCAGCCAAGGGCGCUGCCAACUCCCUCCACGCCGGCUGCAGAGCUAUCAACGGAUCUGACCCCCACCCCUUUGCCCUAUACCACCGUGGAUGCAUGGUCUACCACAACACCACCAUUGAGUCUGGCUCAAUUGCUGGCCAAUUUGGAUAUCUCGGCAUACGAGGCCCUCCCCACCGCCUCGGAUGAUGCCUCAGGUCUGACUUUUGUGGGAUACACGGCAGAAACGGGCAUUGUCGCAGAGUUUGAAGUGGACGCCGCCUCGGCUCAGACUUGCUUGGCCGGCUGUGCCGCACGUGUCGAUUGCUCGGGCCUGGUCAUUGAAAUAUUGACCAGCAGCGACCUGCGCUGCUCCUAUUUGGCCUCUCUCGGUACCACCCAGACGACCAGUCUUCCCGUGCAACUGUUGUCCCUGCGAAAGCGACCACCCACCACAGACUCCGCGACUUCCUCCAGCCCCAGCACGAGCACCACUGCCCUCGCUGACACAACCACUGAUGCGGAUGACGGCAGCGCCGAGCCGGCCGUGGUGCCACCCGAGCCCCAGAUUACCUCAGAGCUUCGCGCUGAGUUUAUUCUCGCAUAUGCAAGCAACGGCACGGCCGACGGUGUCGUUCUUCGCGAUUACUUGAAUGCCACCCUCACUCGUGGUCCCUUUGAGUAUGAGGACCUGAGUACCUGUUUUACGGCCUGCGCCGAUGCUCCCGCCGAUUGUGCGGCUGUGAUCCUGACCGUGGCGCUCGCCGACCCCACCAAAUGGGCUUGCAACUUUGUUACUGCCACCAGGGGUGUGGGAGUGCCCUCGGCUGAAAUCUCACGGAGCUAUGUUCGUCGCAGCGCGCUCACGACCCCUACCGCUUUACCCAGCACUGCGCAUCCCACCACCACUUUCCCCAGCACGAGCGUUGCUCCGGCCACCACUACCUCGCCCAUGCACUUUGGCCGGGACCUGAUGUUGCCUCACUAUGAGCUGGUCGCCGAAGGUGCGUAUUCGGGCAGCAAUACGGCCGCCACUGGCACUUCCUUUCGUUUUGUGGCAGCCGACACCGAGCUGCAGAUGGAUGCCACCCUGGCCGAGUGCACGGCGGCGUGUGACCAGUCAGGUACCUGCUUGUCCCUGCACUUGACACCUCCGCGCUUCUCGGAUGCUUCGGACAUGUACCACUGCACUCUGCUGCGCUCAAUUGGGGCUCUUGUGACCACCUCGACCCGUUCCCUGUGCUUUAUUCAUCAAUCGGUGGCUUCGACCCCGGGGCCAGACAGCAAUAGCACCCUUAUGGCACCCGUUGUCAUUCCGCCAGCAGUAGCCGAGUACUUUGCAGCCCUAGAGCCCGAUGCUAACGUCUCGGGGGCGGGCUAUUUCGGCUGGCAGGUGGCGACCGGGGACGAUGCCGUACUCACUCGCUUUACUGCCGUACAUCCCGACGCUUGCUUUGGCGCGUGUCGUAGUGCCGCGCAGUGUGUGGCGUUGACCGUUCAGGCGCCGAGCACGAGCGGUGGCAAUCCUGUCUGCGUGCUCCUUGACGCCGAAGUUUUCGUGGGCUAUAGCACACAUCAACGCUACAGCUUCCGGCUCGUGGCCCCCACCGUGGAUCCCAAUGCCACCACGACCACGUCGGCUCCCACCACUCCACUUCCGCCAGUAACAGUGCCGGCGAUGUACUCCCAUGUUUUUGUACCAACCUUUGAAGGCACGCAAACCACCAACGGCCCCCCCUUGGUUUAUGCUGCCAUUGACAGCGCUGCCGCUGUGAUCAGCUUUCGUCGUGCCCCACAAACGCCGAGCAAAUGUUUUACGGCGUGUGCAAAUGAACCAACAUGCUCCCAUCUCGUCAUUCAGACCGCACUCUCCUCCUUUGAGUGCUAUCUCUUGCGCUCGGCGUCGGCAUCAGAAACGCGCACCGCCACGACCACGUCAUACUCUUAUCGCCGCAUUCCCGAGGACAGUUCGACGAGUCCCGAAUCCACCACAACAGCGACAAGCAACGUUGCAUCGACCACCAUCACCACGACCAUUUCGGCCACCGAGUUGCGCUGGUCGCUACCCGAAGCCUUUGCCGCCGACUUUAGACUGGCCUAUGUGGGCGACAACGCAGACAGCCAGGACGAGCCCUCGCUCGAGUUUGAAGGUCUUGACGACCCCUUUACGUGGUUGCUGCAGAUGGAGGGAGGCAUGGAUGGAGAGGUUUGUUUGGCUGCUUGCUUGGCUGAGGAUGCCUGCGCUGCCGUACAUCUGGCUAUCACCGCGGGCUCUUCCAUCCGCUGCACCCUGUUCAAUCAAGUAACGCGCGCUCGCACCGCGCGAGACCCUUCCUAUUCGCUCGUGCGUUGGACCAACCAAACCACCGCCGCCCCUCCCACGGUCCCGCCCAAUGUGGAGGUCCCCUCCGAGUUUGCACUCGACUUUGCGAUCCGCCAUCGCGGCGGUCAGGCAGACUACGCGCGGUUUGCCACCGCCUACAACAGUCAGGCCAUUCUGGGAGAGUCGAAUCUCAACGUCGAGGUGUGUCUCAACCUUUGCAAGUACCACGAGCGCUGCGUUGGCGUCUUUGUCUACUACCCCCAGGGUGAAUUUCGAUGCAACAUGCUGUCCGACCUGGGCGACACGGUGGUGGCCGAUACGAGUGUCACCUACAGCUUUGCCAAGCUUGAAGACUCAACAACUAGCACCACGACCCUGAUCCCACGCAGCAGUUCUCAAAGCACCGCCUCGACAUUGGAAGCGACAACCAUGCCGUCAACCCCAUUCCCCCCGACCACCAUCGAGCUGCGGUGGCACCUGCCCACCGCGUUUGCCGACGAAUUUCGUUUGGCGUACGUGGGUGACAACGCCGACAGCACGGACGAGCCAUCACUUGAGUUUGAGGCCAUGGACGACCCUUUUGCCUGGAUCACGCAAAUGGAGGGCGGGACAGACGGCGUUGCCUGCCUCGCGUCCUGCUUGGACACGCCGGCCUGUGUUGCCGUCCAUCUUGCCGUCGACGAUGGCAACGAGCUGCUAUGCACCUUGCUAAACGAGGUUACUCGCGCGCGCACAGCACGCCAGCCCUCGUACUCUCUUGUUCGCCGCACCAACGCCACCACGGCCAUUCCCCCCACUGCACCCCCAGACCUGACCGUGCCCGCGGCCUUUGCUGAUGCCUUUGCCGUGCAAUUUAAGGGCGGUCAGGGGACCGCGCUCCGAUUCUCAACCGCAUACGCCAGCAGCAGCAUUAUCGGCGAAGUGCGACUGAACCUGGAGGUGUGCUUGGACAUGUGCAACCGUCGUCCCGAGUGCUUGGGCGUUUUUGCGUAUUAUCCCAUGGGUGCAUUUCGGUGCAACCUGCUCCGUUCGCUGGGAGCUGCCCCGGUUUCAGACGACGAAGUGACCUACAGCAUUGGCAAGCUCAUCAGCACCACCACAUCAACGACGACAGUUGCCGCCAGCCACCCAUCACCCCCUUCCACGACAGCAGCACCGUCCACCGCAUUGGAGACCAGUGCGUCAACAGUGCCGCUGUCAACCACCGUGGAACCCGGAGUCACCACCACGGAAACCGGAGUCACCACCACGGACACCGGAGUCACCACCACGGUCUCGUCUGGCUCCUCGCCUGCUCAGAGCACGUCCACCAGUGAAGGCACGUCGCCUUUUGCGUCAUCAACAAGUGGCCCCGCACCAAGCACAACCAUCCAGGGUUCGACUGAAACGUCCGUGACGGCAGCUCCAUCCACGUCUGCCUCCACGGGCUCUGGUGAAGACAGCACCACAACGGUGCCUUUGUCGUCCACGUCCACUUUGGCCACAAACCUGCCAUCGACGUCCACGUUGGGAUUGGCCAGUACAAGUACAACGUCGCUGAACAAUUUUCCAUCGCUGCCAAGCGCUUUUGAAAACGACUUUUUGCUAGCUCACGAGAGCACCGGUCUGGGUCUGGACACAGAUUUGGCGUUUGACUUGAACCUGCAUUCGUCGGCAUUUUUGCAAAAUCUGACGCUGGAUGAGGAUUCCUUCUCCGUUUGCGUGCAAUCAUGCAGCUUGUCUGUCAACUGCGCAGCUUUCUAUGUGCGCCUGGAUCUUGAGGCCGAACCGCGUACCGUGAGCUGUUUGCUUUUGCGCGACGCCAACCUGCCUGUCAUUCCCGAUCUCACUCGCUCUCGCAGCUAUAUCAAGACGGCCCAGUCAUUCUUCAACUACACGUUUUAUCUCGAUGCUCCUUAUGACGAGCUGGCCGGCACGCCCGAGCGGCGCCAAGCCUUGCGUACGCUCAUUCAUGAAGCUCUUGCCGAGGCCGGUGCCAGCUUGAACAAGGCCACCAUCUUCAUUCAGCGGGGUAGCAUCGUGGUCACCGUCCAAAGCAGUGAAGAAGAAGUCGCCAGCGUGCGCCAGGCAGUGGUCCAGGGCUCGGUGAUCAUUCAAACGGCACAGGGCCCCAUUGUGGCGCAACCAGUUUUAGACACGACCGCAAAUCCUGGCGCGACGUCUGUACCAGGAGUGGAGAGCAACCGCUCCUCCAAGGGCGACUCAACCUUGGCCAUUGGCUUGGGAGUGGCCAUUGCUGCGGUUGUGUUGUUGCUCAUCAUCCUCCUGGUGGUGCUGAUGCAGCACCGCCGCGAUACCAAGGGCCGCUACGUCAUUGAUGAAGCGGCCAAGCCAGACGAGAUUGUGACUGACCUGCCCGCAUACGACAACUACUCGGCCCCUCUGUUUGGCACGGAUCUGGACCGCAGCCUCGCGCGCGCACCCUCGACCAAGCUGACAGACCAAGAUCAUGAUGAUGUGUACUCGCUGCACAGCUUCAAGUCACGCUCCAUGCUUAUGGAAUCGACCACGACCGCGCCUACCGUGGUGCCUGAGUCUGACGCAGGCAUCACGACACCGCCUCCGACCCGACCGCCGCAGUACUACAACACCAUCCCCUUAUCCCCGGCCACAACGACCGACACCGAGCUCGGGUUUCCCAUGACGCCUGUGGCUGGAGCUCGCCCUAAUGCUCAUUCCCCCGUACACUUUGACACCCCUCGACCGGUCAUGGCCUCGGAGGCUCGCUCGUCGUCCCCCAGUGCAGAUGUGCCCGCAUUGAGCAGCUUUCGCCAUGAUGGUCACCAGCAGCAACCUGUCCUGAUUCUCGAUGAGUCCAAGAUGUUUGGAGGUGUUAAAGAAGUCUCCGUUUAG